AAUUUUUUUAUAAGUGCCUGUGAAGUUUUGUGCUAAAUCAGUGUCAGUUAUUAUUCUUCAAGACUAUUUUCAAAACGGAAUGCUUCAAGGACUGCCCAAGCAGAGCUUACUAUAGCGCGCAGUAACUAAUGUUGGGGCGGCGGCAAAUGGUGCGAGGAUGCGCGAGGAGGAGCUGGAGGUGGCGCUGAAGGUGGUGAUCGUGGGCGACGGCGGCGUCGGCAAGAGCAGCAUGAUCCAGCGGUACUGCCGGGGCACCUUCACCAGGGACUACAAGAAGACUAUAGGCGUGGACUUCUUGGAGCGGCAGAUAGAGAUCGACGGAGAGGACGUUCGACUGAUGCUGUGGGACACGGCAGGGCAGGAGGAAUUCGACGCCAUCACCAAAGCGUACUACCGCGGCGCACACGCAUGCGUGCUCGCUUUCUCCACUACAGACAGAGAUUCCUUCUUGGCAUUGCACUCCUGGAAACUAAAGGUAGAAAAUGAAUGCGGGGAGAUCCCGACCAUAAUAGUUCAAAAUAAAAUCGACUUGAUGGACCAAUGCGUCGUCGGACCAGACGAAGCAGAGCUGGUGGCGCGUGCGCUGGGCUGCCGGUUGAUGCGCGCGUCGGUGAAGGAGGACGUCAACGUAGGAGCCGUGUUCCGCGCGCUCGCCGCCAGGUGUCUCGCCGACAUGCGCCGGGAGGACGCGGAGAACACGCAGCCCUGCAUGCCACCUGUUAUAGGCACAUUCACCAACCAAAAUAGUAACGGCACGAUUCUCCUCCGGCCAGCGAAGCACCGGCCCGGCGGCAAGAAGAAAAAUGUUCUACGCAACGCGUGCAGAAUACUGUGAAAUGAAAAAUGUCCAAAUCGCUUAAGUUUAAACGACAAAAAAAUACGUUUUAGUUUAAUUCUUGUAAUCCAUGAACACUAGACAGUGAAUAUUAAUGUGCGAUCAGUUGUGAUUUAAAAUCACUGUAGUUGCGCCAUAAUGAUGUGGUGAUAAGCAAGUAAGGACAUUGUAAAUUGAAUCGUAGCUGUGAAAAAUGCAACAUAAAGAUCUUAUUGUAGAUUUAAUGAGUGAAGUGGCGCCAAUGAGGUGUUGAGGCACUGCCUAAUAGCGGUAAAAUGGUCUCGCACACCGCAUAUAUACCGAUAUACUAUGUCUGUAUCAAUAAUCAAUCCUUUUCGUCCGUCAUGCAAGAGAUUACAGACAAAAAGGAUAAUUAUAGAAGUAUUUCUGAAAGUAUCUUCUCCAUAUCCUACUACUAUUAUAAAGGCGAAAGUUUGUAUGGAUGUUUGUUACUCUUUCACGCAAAAACUACUGAACCGAUUACCAUGAAAUUUGGUAUGUAGGUAGCUGAAGACCCAGAAUAACACAUAGGCUACUUUUUAUCCCAGAGUUCCCGCGGGAUUGAUAGGGUUUCCAUGCGGACGAAGUCGCGGGCGGCCUCUAGUUUGUCUUAAACCCGUGGUGCUGUCUCACUCUACACUAUGCAAUAAGUGAGAAAUGGCGGUUUUGCGCGAUGAACGUUUGUACAUUUAACGCACAAGAUAAUGUAAGCUCAAGUUAAGUACCUUUACAAAGUGUACAUAUUAUUUUGUGUAGGGAGCUAUGUAAAAACUUGCGAAGUGCAAUUCUAUUGUAUUGUAAUGUAUACUUAAGUUCUUUUUACUAAUGAAUAUAUUUGUUGUGUAAUUAAUAAAUCAAAAAUGUGUUUUAGUGACCGACAGGCUAAAAAAGCGUUGCAUAAUUAUAAAAAACCACUUCCGUAGCACAUGGGUAAUAAAAAAACCUGAUAAAAAAAACAUACCUACAUACGCGUUUGUUUGUGAUAAGUUUUGUGUUCGCAAACUUACUUUAAUACCUACAUUUGAAAUGUUAAUCAUGGUAGCGAAAUAUAAUCUCAUAAAAAAAUUGUAACACGUAAGUAAAUUGUUUAGCAACGAAUAUUUAUGUUGUAAUUAUCUUAGACUUGUAACGACCAAGACUGUAAUUGUCCUUGAUUGAUAUUUAUUAUUUUUUAAUAUUUUACCCUCUUUUAAUGAACUUCAUUAUAAUAAUGGCAUGGCUGUCACUUGUUUGUAUAAGAUGUUGCCUUUUUAUGUAAAUCAAUAAAUAAUCAAACUAUGUCUAUCAACCAUUCUAAGGUAUUAACCAAAUACUUGUAGCAUUAGCGAUAAUACUAUCGACAGGCGUAUAGAUAUUUUAGCAACACUUGGUAAAAAUUGGUAAUAAAAAGUAAAAAUACUAACGAAGCGUACAUUAUAGUCAUUUCAUAUAAGUAGGUAGGUAUAUAAAUAUGUCAUAACAACGAAGUUAUGU